GAUCACCUGCAAUAUUUUCAAAAAAGCGGAAAAAGUUGAAACGCAUAUUUUCAAUCUACUAGUUAUAGAUGAUACAACUUUCAAAUGCAGCCCAACCAAAACUGAAAACUUAGUUGGGAGGUCAGACUGUAGUACUGUGCAUCAAAGUAACAUCAGUCGGUCAUGCUCAUUAAGUGUUUAUAAUCCUAAUCAUGAAACAAUCUCCCUUUCUUGGAAGUUUUACAACAGAGAUGACCAGGAAGUUUUUUUUAAUGAGAAAACUCCCAUAAUUGUACAACACAAACCCACAACUGACCCAUCUCGACCAGAUGAAUAUGCGGUCCAAGAUUUUGUAAAAGUAACAAAAGAGAUGGAUGGCCUUAAAUUGGAGUGUAGGCUCACUGCUGGCAAUACUCAUGUAACCGUCUGCUCGCUAGAUAAGCUCUCUGUUCAGUAUGCAGAGAAUACAACCAGUAAAUUGCCAAAGCAGCUGGUAACAGAAGCAAAGCCCGUCAAUUGCUCGGCCACCACGUCGUCGAGAAGAUGUUCUUACAGCUGGCAGCACAGCUUGCAGGUUGACAACUCCCCACCAGAGCAUCACACAAUCGAAGGGUCUCAGUUAAAUGCCACCCACAUAAAGUCACCUGGAUUGUAUCGCUGCAUAGCUAAGUGUAAGAUGGACGAUGGAGUUGAAUGUUCAUUACUGGCAGAGAUGCUUGAAGUUGAGGGAGAGAGUGCGGGAAACAAACCUGCAACAGCAGCAGGAGUUUCAGGACUGCAUGCUGGGUUGGCUGGUGGAAUCGUGGUCAUCCUUUUUCUUCUUCUCUUCAUUGUUCUUUUUUUUGUGUACAGGAGAAGAAAAGCCCAGAAAGAAUCAAAGCCUAAAGAUGCUAAUGAACUAAAAAAUUUAAACCCAGGUAGCAAUGGUUCUCAGGGCAGCAGCCCACAAACAACCUCUCAAACGACAACACAACCGGUGACAUCAGCACAGACAACAACUAACUCAACUUCAUCAUCCACAGGCACAUCAGCGGGCACUCCACUACCUCGCCUCCAACAACCGCCUCCCAACUUUCCCAGGCCAUCGAGGACUCACUCCUUCAAGAAAUCAAACUCAUCCAUAACUGCCAUUCCAGAGGAACCAACAGCUGGCUCCAGGGCUCUGACACAGAUCGGCUACAGGAUGACGCUGAACGAUGUGGCUCCGGACACAGUCAUCAGGGGAGUGUGCCAUCUAGGGAGCAGAAUUUACUGCGUGUGCGAGAAGUUCGAUAGAGUCUUCACGUUCGUUGAUGAGAAUCCUUACAACAGAAUUAAGGGAGAGGAGGUAGUUAUCGCCAGCAUGCUGAUGGCCAGGGAUCUUGCUGCUUGCUACCUCAGCAACUCGUUGUAUGUCUGUGACUACUCUGCUAAGCAACUUGCUGCAAUCUAUAGGAUUUUUCCUCACCUAUCGACAGACGAAAAAGUGUGCAAGGGUUUGGUUGAUGGCGUGCCCGCCAGCUCCACCGUUGAUCCGACCACUAAGAACAGGAUUGUCGUCAUUCUCAAGGGAGACAAAAAUAUGUUGGUCGAGAUUUACGACACUUCAUCUACCUACUCGACAUCUGGUAGCAUUAACGAAACAGCAACCUGGCAGAAAAUAUCUGUCAUAAAGUUACAACCGGACGCACGUCUUCCAAUGAAGCUCUGCAUAUCUCUGCUGACAGACAAGGUGAACGAAGCAGGAGAUGGUGCAAGCUGUCAACAAAAGAUUUUGUACGUACUCUAUGGAUCUGGAAAGUAUGACAAAAAUGAAUUUGCCUCCUACAAAAUAUCGAGACACAUCAUGGAGACUGGCAGAAUUCUUGAAGAAGCGUAUGAUCUUUCGGAACUCAAUCACUUAAUCGACGGAUCAAGGAAGUUUAAAUCGUCAUGCAUCAUUUCAGUUGACAGUAGCAACAUCGGGACCAUUCCUGAAGGUGUAUUAAUCAUUCAGGAGUCUUCCAAACCGUGCGUGAUACAUGUAGACAAAGAUUUGAAGCAUCCAAGCAAGAGGCUGCAGCUGGACAGAAUUGCCUGGAAAGGUUGUACCCACAGUAAAUUAAAUGCCAUCAUUGUCACAGUUCCUGGCGGGGGCAGCAAGCAGUAUCCACAACUUGCUGUACACAAUCUCGCAGAGGGUGCCGCUGUAGUUUAAGAAUGUUGUGUUUUUUUUCUUUCUUUGUGUGUGUGUGUGUAUGUUUGCACAUAUGUAUAUAUAUAUACGUGUGUUUGUGUUUGUAAAUAUGUGUGUGUGCGUUUGUAAAUAUGUGUGUGCUUAUAUAUAUGUGUGUGUGUAUAUGUAUUAAAAGGUUGUUUUUAUAAAAAAAUUAUUCUACGUACAUAGUCAUUUUUAAUUUCAACUUACAAACCACAAACAAACUGCUCUCAA